CAUUCCUGGAGCACCCAAGUGCAGGCAGCAGAAACAGCAAAAGCUACAGAAUGAGACCACUGAUGAAGCUGGUUUAAGAAACCAUAUAAGUGGAUAUAAAAAAUGGUCUUUUGUGCAGGGUGAUGGUAGUUUUGAGCCAAGGAUUCAUGGAGGAACCCAAGGAGCUGCGCUGCUCGUCUCCUCACUGAGAAGAGGUGUUUGUGUGUGAGGGGGAGGUGUAGCAGGUGGGUGGAGGGCGGCAGGCUACAAAAUGAGAGAAUGAGCUGCGCUUGAGGAGCAGAUGUGAGAGGCACACCACAGGAGCCCGACGCGCCGCGAUAAUUAGCCGCGGAUAUAUUACCGGGAAUUACCGGAUUAUGAGGAUUUGAGGAGGAGAAGUCGCCAGAAUCCGGUGUCAUACAAGGCGAGGGAUUAAGUUAGGCGUCUUCACUCCUCCGGUCUGCCGUUAUGGGGAUAGACCGGCGGCGGAGAGCAUCGCUGGCUCUCACCUUGAACUUCCUCGCCUUGUUCCUGGCCGUGUCCGCUCUGACCACCAGCUACUGGUGCGAGGGGACGCGGAAAGUGGUGAAGCCGUUCUGCACCGGCCAGGUCACCACCAGGCAGUCGUUCUGCAUCAGGUUUAACAGCUCCAACAUCAAUGACACGCGGCUGGUGCAGUACAUCUGGGAAACCGGGGAGGAUAAGUACGUGAUGAGGAAGUUUCACACCGGCAUCUGGUUCUCCUGUGAGCAGAACAUCAACAUGACCGGUGAAAAAUGCAGAAAUUUCAUUUAUGUUGCACCUUCAAAUGAAAGAGGAGUGCUGUGGCUGUGCAUUGUUGCGGAGUGCCUGUACAUCCUCCUGCUGGCCACCGGGGGCAUCCUCAUGUCCAUAGAAGUGUGUCACUUUGGCAAUGUCAUUGACGGCCUCAAGCUCAACGCCUUUGCUGCCAUAUUCACUGUGCUCUCAGGUCUGCUGGGCAUGGUGGCCCACAUGAUGUUCACCACAGCCUUCCAACUCACUGUCAGUCUGGGCCCAGAGGACUGGAAACCUCAAACAUGGGACUACAGCUGGUCAUACAUUUUGGCAUGGAGCUCCUUUACGGCCUGCAUGGCCUCCUCAGUCACCACCAUCAACCGCUACACUAAAACCAUCCUGGAGUUCAAGCACAAGCGCAGGAACAUUGAGAAGAACCUGAAGAUCAAGCAGAAGCUGUUGGAGCUGGACUCUCCGGAGCAGGUGUGGGACAUGUACAUCAGCUCGGUGCCGAGUACUGCCGAGGAGCUGCUGGACCUGUCGUCCAACGGCCGCAAACUCUCCAACACCUCCAUCUUCUUGGACCUCAAUGACCUGCCUGACCCACAAGGAGAGGAGUACUGCUAGACGAGCAGGGUGUAGCAUUUUUAACGUCACUAUGUUAUUGUCAUGUGUAAUACAACAGUGUAAAUACUGUAAACAAAAUGAGACCAUGGUUGAGACCUGGUGAUAUAUUGUGGCCAGCACAUCAGCCAAAAGCAGACACACAGCAACAUUACCAUUCAUUUGGAGUCAUGUUUCUGACCACCUGAUUAAUCCAAGUUUUUGAUAAAUCAAAUAAAAUUAGGGGUAUAUAAUAUUCUUCAUCAGCCAUACUAUUUUAGGACAGUAGCCUCUUACCUUUUUUAACCAUUUUUAACCAAAUGGCAUAAUUCUGGGUUAUAUUUAUCUAGGCAAGCUAAUUUGCUAGCAGUUCGCUAGUUAGCAACUUGAUAUCCAGCUAUGUUACAGUUGUUCCGGGCUGAUAGAAAGUGGUAAGAAAGGUGUAACACAAACAACAAAUUCAAGGACAUUAUGAGAAAAAAAAUGCCCUUUAAAAAAACAAAAACAAAAUAAAGUUAUUUUCUAGCCGUUACAUCGUUUGCUUAAAACAUUAGCUACUUGGCAAAGAACUGGGAGAUACAUUUUUGUUUGUUUUGUUCUUUUUAUUCAACCAUUUUAUAGUAAUAGUACAACGUAAAGCUUACUGCUAAGACAUUAUCAGACCUGCCAACCUUGGCGAAAUAUUUUGCGUACCACUUAAUCUCACACACGCACGCGCAAGCACGCACGCGCAAGCACGCACGCAUGCACACACACACACACAGCUCGCGCUCAUGUCCAUAGGAAAAAAAACUCGGUGCUUAUUUCCCUGAUAUGACAUCGUAUUUUCAACGUGAAAGUAACGUUAUUAACUGUACAUAUUUGCCAAAAGACACACACAUACACUCACGCGUGUGCGCACACACGCACACACACCAUUUUACCGAAAAAACCGCCAGCUGCUGUGGGUGGGGGCACAGGGAACGGGGAGAGAGGCGGAGGGAGGCAGAAGACGGCAGAGGACAGGAGAGAGCGGGAAAAAAAAGUGUUCGGCAGACUCGUUAUUCUCCGCUACUCUAUGAUGAUUGGUUGAAAUUGCACCACCACACUGCUGCAUCCUGUUGUCAGGCAUGAGUAUUGCACGUCCACAUUUCUAACAGCACUCACAGAUGUCUGCAGCUUUUUGAGUAGUUUAAUGAGGCCGAGCGUACCAGCGUUUUUUAAUGUCAAAUUGCGUACCUGCUACGCAAAAUGCGUACAGGUGGGCAGGUCUGCAUUAUGGAAACUAAACCAAGCAAAAGAUAAUUUUGUCACCGCAGUAUUUCUGAAAUAAUGGUUAGAGCAAUUUACAGUUCGCCUACAUUCUUCUCCUGUUGCUAUUGGUUAGCAGUCCAACAAAUUUCCUGCCAAAGCUAAUGUAAUUUCCUUUCAGACAGGUGUAAAUUGCAGCAGGUGAAUAUUUGCAGUCUGCUCAGCAGUGGUCUCAGUUGUUUACAGUAACUAUACUAAUGUCUCAGAAUUGGUUAAGUUUACAUAAAAGUUAGUAUUUAGCUUUUGAGCGCUGGUUUUGAUAAUAUUAAGGAUAUGGCAUAUACAUGAUUCUACAGUAUCCAGGUUUCUGGUCAUCUGCAUCCAGUUGUGUCUUCAUUUCUCACCAUCUCAGCCAUUAUGCGUUAUGUUAACAUUUCAGAAGCUAGGAUAAGUUUUUAUCACUAUUUUCUGAAACCAGGAUAAGGUGUGUUCAUGUGCAAAAUGUAAACAGGAUACUUCUGGCUACCUUCAUGCUAAAGUGCUUCGUGUAACACAUUUAAGGUCUACUUUCAAACCACAUAAAAUGUUGCUGAGUCCACCAUAUUGGUUCUGCAGUUGUAUUACUAGGUUUAAACAUGCAGUAUACUUCUGCAAAAACAAUACUGCUAAGAAGGCUCACUGUUUGAAUCCUGUAAGUUAAAGAGAGAGUCAAGCUGAGGAACAAACUAAAAGCCAAGUUGCUGUAGAUACACAUUGCUGGACAGCCCAGUGAUAAGGCCCACUGCUGACUGGAAUAUGGUACAGACACUGUACUUUAAAGUGAUGAUACAUUGCAUCCUACUCAACAUAUUAACCAAACAGAGUUAUGUUGUUCAAAACACACUUUGCCAAGCAUUAUUCCCUGUAGUAACACAGAAUUCAGAGUUUGUGAAGAAGCAGAGUGAGGAUCAACGGACUGUUGCAACACAGGGUGGACCUGAGGGUUUUGCACCUUUACCCACAGAGGAACCACAACUGGAAAGUAUGAAGGACAGCAGUUCCAUGGGUGGAGGAUGCCUAUAGGCCACACUGAGUGCCUUUACUUCCAGCAGCAUGCCUCCGAUUGCACAGCAUGUUCUGUGCUCGUGAUAUCUUAACAAGGGCAAUGCUGUUUCUCCAACUAAUACCUGCUUUAGAGAAAAUAUGUAGCUGUCCGUGCAAACUGCCAAACUCACAAGAGGAGCACACACCUCUCUCGAUGCUCUCUGUAUUAGUAUUUACUUGAUAAUGGGGUACUUGUAUUUAUAGAAAGACACAGACAAGAAAUGUUGUUAUUUACAGUAAUUUUAAGUGCAUUUGAAAAUAUAUAUUUGUGUAUUUUAUUUGUUUGUUCAAUUCAAAGUGAAAUGUAAUGUCAAAGAUUUUCCAAUUAAUUCUGCUUGGGUUUAAAUUCUAUUACAUCCCCCUGGGUUGCAGUAUAUGCUGAAGCAUGGAUUGUUGUGUCUUUACGUGUUUGUCAAGACUUAUUUACAGUGGCAUUUUUUGUGUAGUGUUACUUAGGUAUUUUUUGUGAUUAUUUAUUUGCAACCUAGUAUAUUGAAAUGAAUAAAACUAUUUCUAUGAGAAGUUUUAAUUUAAAGCUAAAUGAGGGGCAUAUAUCACAAUAAAGAACUUGUUUUUA